AGGCAAAGCAGUGCAGAGACAGUCCGCUCUCAGGCAAGAGUACUACAACACCAACAGAAAGAAAGGACCUGCCAGUACCACCACGAUCGGUAACUAGCUGCCCCAACCUACCUGAAUUUGGUCAACAGGACCCAUCUAAGGACACAAUGGUAACCUCAAUAAAAUCCUGGUUUGUUGCAUUUGCAAUCACACUUUGCAUUUUGGUAUGUCUGGGUACCUUUGUGGAUGCAUAUCCCCCAAAACCAGAGAAUCCAGGAGAUAAUGCAUCCCCCGAAGAGCUGGCCAAAUAUUAUUCUGCCCUCAGGCACUAUAUCAACCUUGUCACAAGACAGAGAUAUGGAAAGAGGUCCAGUCCUGAUGCCUUGAUGUCAGAUCUGUUUUUUGCUGACAGCAUGGAUCACAAUGAUAGAUCACGGUAUGACGACUCCUACAUGUGGUGACUGUGUGCUCCUUUCUUCACCCUGGUAUCGUGUCUGGUUUCGUUUCCUUUCUUCUGAUUCGAGCACUGCAGAACAGGACUUCUUUCUGAUGAAGUUUCGCUCUUGAUGGACAUUUUUGCUGCAUGUUUUCUUUCUAGAUUCUACAUAUCAUCUUGGUCAUAACACAUCCUUACCCUCCUGAAAAUUGUACAUAAUUUAUUUAUGACUCUACUAUAAAAAAUAAGUUGAUGACCAAAAUGUAAGAUGAAUUAAAAAUGUUUUCUUCCUUGAUUGUGUUGUGCCACUGUUUCAGUGCUAUCAGAGUUUCAGGAUGAAUCCAGACGUCAUGCUCACAACUAUGUUUUUUUACAAAGAUCAUAUAUUUGAAGUAUUGUCUUACUCACCAAUAAACAGCAAAUUUAAUGAAAUUUAAA